GUCUACUAUAAUGAAAACGGACGUCGCGCGAAUCAAUGAAAGGCGAUGUAGAGACAUAGAUAUGCAUACAUAUGACAUUUCAUUCAAGUUCAUUCAACGUAGGGCCUGUUGGAGAGAGAGAGGCGAGAAGAAAGAGACAAAGAGAGAGAAAGAGAAUUGCCAUUUAUAAUAAAAUUGCUCCACCUCUACUUAUGUUCAAUUUAUUCUCGUUAAAAACCGUACGAUUGCAAAAGCAAUAGAACUAUCAAUUAUUUUCGAUAAAGAUACAAAAUUUUGAUUUACGAAAGUUUUAAUUCGUAACAUUGUCAGAACAGAUCUAUUGACUUAACGAGAAAGCUUGAGCAUGUCCCCAUACAUUUGCUGGACGAGCGAUAUAUAUGAUAUAACAACCGCAAUGCAGUUCUUAUUAAAUGACUGCCUGUCCCUGAGUUGUACCGUUUUACAUGAUGAUUUGCAAAUUUGAUUUCAUCGAUUGCCAAAGAAAUAUCCUAGUAAAUCCGUUUCUACAAUAUUAAGGAAACAGCAAAGUUGAAAGACUUCGUACAUUUUAGGGAGAGACGUAUCUUAAGUAUUGUAGUUAUAUAAUAAUGUGUCUGCGUCGCGUAAUAAUUUAUUCUUGAAAUACUCUUAGGUAACACUUGGCCACAGCUAACACAAUUAUCAUUACCAUUUCCGAGAUAAUUUAAGCGCCGACAAUUAUAGAUAGGGCGGCCUUGGUUAAAAAGUUAUAUUGCGUUUCAUAGAUUAUCUGAUUGAUAAUUAUCGAUAACGCAAAUUGAACGUAACAUAAUGUAUUCUCCCCAAAUUGUAUAUCUGUAACAAUUAAGAAAAUUUGUAAAUCAUUCCCUCGUACAUAUAUAGCUAUUAAUAAUAAAUUAUCUUUUUAUAGUUGGACUAUUCAUGCUGAAGCUGUCGUUAUGUUUUAUAAUGUCAAAUGCCUCGCUUGAUCAAAAUUGCAAUUAUUCCCAAUAUUUAAAACCUGGUAAUAUUUAUUACGUGUACAAUCCCGACUAUCCCAACGUUUCCAAAGGUCGACAAUCAUGUACAUGGAUUGCGGAAAGUGACUAUCGAGUGAAAUUAAUGUGCAAUAAAUUUAACAUACCGUGGAAUUUCAAUUGUGCCUUUGACAGGCUAACUGUACACGUGAAUAAAUCCGUAUCCCAUUCCUAUUGCGGAAAUGAGACAUUUAGCGUAGAAUCAACGGGAAAAGUCAUGACCAUUGAAUUAUCAACCGCAUUCUGGUCAUCGGGAGUUAAGUUUCUGUGCGGACUACAGAGAAUCGAAGAACCAGGACGCGAUAAUUGUACAUGCGGAUGGAAAAAUCCGACGAAAAUAGUGGGAGGUAUGGAAACUGGAGUGAACGAAUAUCCCAUGAUGGCUGGUCUCGUCGAUCCUUUUCAAAGAGAUGUAUAUUGCGGGGCAACCAUCAUAUCACAAAGACACGUUUUGACUGCCGCACAUUGUCUGACCGAUAGAAAUAUAAAUAACGUGGGCGUACUUGUAGGAGAUCACGAUCUUACUACAGGUGCAGACACAAAUGCUUCGCGCCUUUAUACUGUAUCCAAAUUUGAUAUAUAUCCUCUUUACAACGACGAGACUCUAGAAAAUGACAUAGCCAUAGUAACGACGAAUUCCAUUAUAAACUUCAGCGAGGAAGUUGGGCCGGCUUGUCUUCCAUUUCAACAUCAGUCCGAUUCCUUCGCAGGAAGUUAUGUAGAUUUAUUAGGUUGGGGAACAACACAAUUUGGCGGAAUGAAAUCAAAAACUUUACAGGAGGUUACGUUAACCGUAAUCACAUAUCGAGAGUGUAAUCGAUGGGAUCCGAAUUUAUUAUAUAGCCAGUUAUGUACUUAUGGAGAAAAGAAAGACACAUGCCAGUUCGACAGUGGUGGUCCCGUCCUUUGGAAGAAUCCUACGACGAGACGAGAGAUUCUCGUGGGUAUUAUCAGUUCCGGCUCCGGUUGCGGUAAUAAUGAACCAGGAAUAAACACACGUGUCGGCACUUACAUAGAUUGGAUUCUUCGUGUGACACCGGGUACCAAUUAUUGCAAGACUGAAUAA